GUUACAUACUUGCUUGUGGCUGGAGGCAAGCGUCUGGCCGGACUCCUUCGUGCCCCGCACUGAAUCCUAUGUCGGCAUGUGCAACUGGUUUUUCACCUGUGGUGACCGUACCCGAUUCCAUCAACCACUUCUUUUCUGUAAGGAUACCUUCCACCUAUCCAAAGAACGUCUAAGAUCUCACCGGGAGGUAAUCGUGCACCAGCGCGGAUCCAAGCCGACCGGCCGAGAGGGAGGAGGGAAGAAGAAGAAACGAUUCUCAGAAGACUCAAGAAGGAGCAGUUAUUAGAGCGCAAGAAGCCAACGGAUAUCUUCUAAGUGGCAGGCAGAACUUUUUCUUCAUGCUAUUUCACAAAUCUUUUAGGUGCAAUAAUGUAUUACUGACAAUGAUGGAUCAAGUACCAAGCUGUGGACGACUUAAUAAUUCUUUGUGGUGAAGAGAAAGUGUCCCACCUGUAUGGGCGUUCAGUGUUGAGGAGAUGUCACGGAAAUUGCCUCAGGGGUUCUCCUUCUUUGGAAACGUUGGUUGGUUUGAUGGCAGGAAGGGUGACUCGGCUGUCAAGAACAAAUUUACUCCUUCCUUCAAACUCCAAACAGAUAAAGAGAUAUACAGGCCUGGUGACUCAGUUACUGCAACCAUAGAGAUUUGUAGUCUGAAAAUUUCAAAGGGGCUUACUGAGGCAGAGCAUUCAAGUGAUAGUAUCCCUUCGCUCUUGGUCGAUAACCUUACAUUUGAAAUUAAAGGUAUUGAGAAAUUGGACACUCAGUGGUUUGCCACACAGAAGCCAUUACCUGGAUCAAAGCAAAGGAGAGGUGAGCAAUUGUUCCUGGACUCUCUGGUACCAUCGAUAGUAUCAAAAGUGAUUGUUUCUUAUGGGGUUACCAAGACAUAUUUAGUACGAGUUGAGCUGCCAAAGAUUUUACCACCAUCUUAUAGGGGUACCAGCAUUCGCUAUAUAUAUUAUGUUAGAAGUACAUUACGUGGACGCUGGCUUGUAUUGGAGAACGGCGAUCAUAAUAGGUCCACAAAUGAUUUAAUUCAAUUGGAAGCUCGAACUCCUUUGCAAAUAUGGGUCUCACAAAAGAGCAACAACUUGCUGAAUGAAGGAAGUUUACCUAUUGCAGCUGAUCAAUUGGAUAUUUACUGGAGAGAAAAAGAUGCAGAUUCUGAAUGGGUUCGAGCAAAUGAGAAUUUAGAUGGAUUCGAAGAAGGAUAUGACAGUUCAAGAGAUGAAGUAUCAUCUGUUUCUUCCUAUGAUCCUACCAAAGGAAAUGCUGACCUAACCCUUAGAAACUCUCUAUCCUUGCAGUCAAUUGCAUCAAGAUUUUCUAACAAUGAAUUCCAGUAUUCUCAUGGAGCGCGCUCAGGUUUCCCUUCAUAUAAUCUACUUCCUCAACUGUCUGUAGCAGAGGUCAUAGAUGAUCCUGGUGGAGGAUUUGUGUCACCACAAAAGAAGCUUAAUACUUCAUCAGCUGCUCCCUCUCCAAGUCAGCAAAGAAACUCUCAAGAUUCUUAUUUCUCUAAAGAUGAUAUUGGAUCACCUCAUGCAUCUAAAGCUGUUGAUUUUGCAGCAUCAGAAGGCUUCAUUCGAGGAAGAUCUUACAAUAUCAGGAUAGAUGACCAAAUUUUGCUUCGGUUCUCCCCAAGGAACUCUGACUCAACUUAUUAUUUUGGAGAUAUGAUAGGGGGCACUCUUACCUUUUUUCAUGGAGAAGGAGCUAGAAGAUGCCUUGAGGUCUCAAUAACCUUGGAGACUUCAGAAACAAUUGACCAGCAUUUUGUCCAUCCUUCAAGAAGGAGCUCUCCUACAAUCAGAAAGAUACAGAGCGAGCAUCAUGAGGUAGUUGCGGAUUUGGUCCAGACAAGCUUUCUUUUAUCAAUUCCUAUUGAUGGGCCCAUGUCCUUCUCCACCCCAAAAAUUUCAGUGCAAUGGUCACUACGCUUUGAAUUUUUUACCACUCCGAAGGAUGUGGACUUGACUAGGUUUGAACAUCCUCUUCUAGUUGAGCAAAGAGAAAAGGGGGAUUGGGUACUUCCUUUAUCUGUAUGUGCACCUCCUCUACGGGCACAAUCUGUGCAAAUGAGAAAUGAGAAGCCCUGGUCUCUUGGAAAUUUUUUUCGCACUUGAAGUCUUCCAGGCAGUGAAAUAUUCUUCUUCAACUGGGUUUUUCCUGGGAAACACUAUGGUUUCAUCAGAAAUGUCCACCUAGCAUUUGCAGUAUAUGAUUUAGAAAGCUUAUUUUAGCGAAAUAUUGUGGAUUGCCGACGAGAGGCUUGUACGCCGAAACCAGGGAGGUGAUGUAGGCUUUCGCAUGUUCUGCAUUUGUCAUAGCGCCAUCCGGCUCUGCAGAGCUUCCCCUGAGGGAUUGUGAGCCACCAUAUUGUACGACCGGCAGCGUCGAGCAAAACAAAACUUGUUGAAAAUGAGAGUCUACCGAUAACGAAACAUGAUGAAUUUGUUGCUGUCGGAUCACUUCUGUUAGCCUUCAUUUGUCAAAAUAAAAUCGUUCUAUGUGAUAUCCCAGAUUGUGCAUAUUAAGCAGCGACGUUAUUUUUAUUUUUCUCA